UGAAAUGGGAUUAAAAACUUAUUAUUCAUUAUUAAAAAUAUUUGCUAAUAUGAUUAAGAUUCCUAAAAAACAAAAUAUUGAUUCUUACUUGGAUUUGAUUAAUGAAGAGAUUAAUAAUUAUAAAUCUUGUAUGAUCAGCCAUAGGUUUGUUGCAAGAAAAAAAAAAAUAAUUUAAAUAGUUAAUAAAUUUUUAUAAAUGAUAUUUGAUCUAACCUUAGAAAUCUUUUUUUGGCGCAAAUAAAAAAGGCGAGUAUUUUUACCCCGCAUAAUCCUUUCGAAUGAAAAUUUUUUCUUAAAAAGAACAAUGUAAAAAUAGGUAUUCAUUCAUCGAAUCAUUUUUUAUACAUAUAAUAAUAGUUACACCUAUUCCCUUGUAAUUUAUAGACCCUUGCAUCUUUUUUUAAAAUGAUUAUUUAUGUGGCUGUUUAUAUUUUAUAAACAAUUAUGUAACGUGGAAAAAUGAACAGCUUAUUUGAUUACUCGUGAGA